AUGACUCGCCUUUCUCUCUGUGCGCUCGCCGUGGCGCUCGCCGCUGGCCACACCCUGGCAUUACCACCCACGGAUCAUUCUGUCCACCACUUCGAGGAGAUGGGAACUUACCAGGAUAGUGAGCACGGUGAUGGCGAUGACAUCGCAAUCAGCACCAGCACCAGCACCAGCACCAGCACCUCUACUGCCGCUCCCGAGACCCCAGAAACUUGGCUUGAAAACUUUACCAAGGCCGUACAAAGGCAGCUGCAGCUCCAGGAGACCCUCCUGAAGCAGAUUUUGAGUGACAUAGAGAACUUCUUCAAACAAACAUUCAACCUGGGGACGGACAGUCAAUCCUCCUCGCUCCAGAGGCUCAACGUGAUGAUGGAGAUGAUCAGCAACCGUAUGAACACUGCACUUGACAACACCAACGAACUCAUGCAUAGCGGGUCUGUAGACCAGGAAACCCUCCGGCAUGCUGCUAGCAAAUUCGUCAAAGAGGUACGUUUGCAGGAUGUUGUUGUCGACGCCCUUUGGGCAUCCCUUCGCGGAGUGCAGACCAGCGCGUGGGUUUCCGGCUCAACUGCUGCUGACGAAAAGGAUGCAUAUACAGCUGCAAACUACGCUGCCGAGGAGCUUCUCAGCCGCAUGUAUCACAACCUUCGCACCGCCGGCAUGGCUGAGGAGGACAUUGCAAAGUUCGUGCCGAAGCCUGACUACACCCAGACCAAUGAACAGGUCCGCAAUAUGGGCAAGAUGGGCCGCAGCUAUGGCUAUGGAUAUGGCUAUGGACGUGUUGCUGGCUAUGGUUAUGGCUACCCUUCCAGCUUUGCAUAUUCAUACCCUUCAUACUACGGAUAUUCAUACCCAUACAGCUAUGGAUACUCAUACCCCGCAUAUAGGUAUGGAUAUUCAUACCCAUCAUACAGCUAUGGCUAUCACCACCCGUACAGCUACGGCUACUCUUAUCCCUAUUCCUACGGCUAUUACCCCACUUAUCGUAGCUGGAGCUAUCCAUAUUACUCCCGCUACUACUGGAGGCACCUGAGCGAAGCUCAACCCAACCCUCCCAUUCCCCGCCCAGGCUGCCCACCUGCUGGUAACCCUGGUGUGAUCGCUCCGACUCCUGUGAUGCCUCCAUUUCGCACCCUUGGCAACGAACCCAUGGCACCCUCGAUGAAUCAAGGCUACAACCCCCCAAUGAUGGACACUCCCAUGCCUCCUGAGUAUCCCCCCACCAUGGAGGGUAUGGGGUACCCCUUUGAAACCAUGACUCACAACGCGGCACCCACCAUGGAGAACCCGUACGAGAGUGGUAUCCUAAGCGGCCACCGCAACCUUGCCCCCAGCAUCGAUAUGAUGGGAUACAUGCCUGAACCCUCUAUGCAAGCUUAUCCUCUGGGCCCUGGCCCUACUCCACCGUGA